GAAGCAGAACAGCACCAAGGCCGAGCAGGUCUUUGCCGAGGUGGCCAAGGCCAUCAGGGAGUACCCCGUGGACUUCCGCGGAGCUCAGCUGCUGACAGGGAGCCAGGAGGGCUCCUUCGGCUGGAUCACCGUCAACUACCUGCUGGAGACACUGGUCAAGUUUUCCUUUGCAGAGAAAUGGGAACAUCCCCAGGACAGUGAGGUUCUGGGAGCUCUGGACCUUGGAGGUGCCUCGACACAAAUCACCUUCCAGCCUGGAGUCCCCGUUGAGGACAGGAACACCUCUGUGUUCUUCCGUCUGUAUGGCACCAACUACUCCCUGUACAGCCACAGCUACCUGUGCUAUGGGCAGACACAGGCCCUGAAGAUGCUGCUGGCAGCUCUGCACCAGGGCAGCUCAUCUCCGCAGAUCUCCCACCCCUGUUACCCCGAGGGGUACCAGGAGAACAUCACCGUGGCAGAGCUCUACGACAGCCCCUGUGUGCGUGCCCCCAGCACAGCCAGCCCUGCCCAGGUGCUCAGGGUGACAGGGGCAGGGGACCCAGCAGGCUGCAGCGCGGCCGUGCAGAGGCUCUUCAACUUCAGCUGCGGGGCCCAGCGGCCGUGCGGCUUCAACGGCGUCUAUCAGCCUCCCGUGCGGGGACAGUUCUUCGCCUUUUCAGGGUUUUAUCACACCCUUCACUUUCUGAACCUGACGGGAGGGCAGUCCCUGAGCUCAGUCAAUGACACCAUCGGGCAGUUCUGUGCCAGCAGC